AUGAACGCGCAUGGAGUGGCAGCAUUCGGCUGCAACAUAUUCUAUGCGCUCGGCCACGAGAUGUCCGGAUCCGACAUCGACGAACACAACUUGACCCGGGUGAUCUUCAACACCACCCGCAGCGCCAAGAACUUGGCAGGCAUCGUCGUGGGCGGCCGUGCAUGGGGAUCCCUUCGCAAACACCUCGGUGGAUCCUACGAAACAGCUCGUGCAGCCACUGAAGAAGAUGAGGUGCUCAAGGAUGCGAAUGCAAAAGCUUAUUGCGUAUCUCGCAACAGAUAUUGCUUUACAUGCAUUGCUUUUGAGCAGCUGAUGACGCCGCCUUCUACAGCAAACACCCUCAUCUCCCAGUACCAGAAAGCUGCAGGCAUAGCUCCACAAGGGAGCAUCGGAUACGACGUGGUGGCCAUCAAACAGUGGGAGCGCAUCAAGCCAAUUCGACGCAAUAUGGUGGUCUCAAGCAUCAUUGCCGACUCCAGCAUCCACGCCGACGCCAGCAUCCACGCCGACGCCAGCAUCCUUGUCGACGCCAGCAUCCUUACCGACGUGGCCACCUAUCCCACCCGCCGCCAGUCCAUCUACUCAACCUUUGCCGCCACCGCCGCCGCCAUGCAACACACCGCCGGAACCAACGAAUGCAGCAGGCACACCGGCGACAUCGGCAACCACGGACUUGCAGGCAUGGACGUCCGCGACGUCACCGUUGCACAUCUUUGCAGACAUGGCAUGGAGGAAUUUGGACUUCGAGGACUUUCCCACGGCAAGUUCACCGGCAUGAUUUUGACCCGCAACAUCGCCGAGAGCGUCUUCCUCUCCCAGCUUCAAAAGAAGCUCCGCGAGAACAACAUUGACGUCGAUGCCACCGUCGACGCCCUCUACAAGAGCAAAGGACAAAAAGCCCCUGACAAGGUGAAAGAGGCCAUUACCUUUGUCACACCACUCGUCGACACCAUCCUGGACGCCAUCAAGCCUUGGGCACAGGUACGCAACUAUGCCAACAAGAACACCGACGGCGACAACCAAGCAGCUCAGCGCAUGCAGGCCCUGGAGGAGCAGACCGCAAAGUACAAGCAACGCCUACGCAGCGCUGGCAUCGAGGUCACCCCCCAGAAGUCCCUCCCGUUGCAGAAUGAGCCAACGGAUGGUCCAGAAACAACAGCGGCACCACCGAAGCGCAGACGCCUUACAAAGGGAGCUAUCAAGCAGCGCAACGAAGAUAUCCUUGCCGUCACCAAUCUCAAGAAGAGCCUCCCCCGAGAAAAGCACGCAGAAGUGGACAGUCACAUACAGUCCGUGCAGACCAUCCUCGAAGGCGCUAAGUACACCAAGGCAGAGCUACAGGAGAUGGCCACACGAUGGGGACUCCCUAUGUCCCUCACUACAGCGCCAAAGGCUUCGCCCAAGAACCUCCAGCAGCUGAUUGCGGCCGUCACCUACCUCGCCGUGUGCGCGGUUCCAGAGCUCUACACGUUCGAGAAAUUCUCCCAGCCCUGUGCAGUGUACGUCAAGCUUCUAUUUCCAAGGCUCAACAAGCAAACCUAUGCGACUGCUACCCGAGAUGCAUCCUUUUGUUACAUCGGAUCUACCAACAUCACUGUGGCCAAGAGAGAAUACAACAGAGUCGCAAAACUUCGCCAACUACAACAACUCAAACUACCUAAAACUGAGAUUGCCAUUCGAUAUUGGAACGACUCCCAGACCUACCUGCACUACAGCACCAUUCUUCUUUCGCAACACUCGGAGUACAUUGAGGCCUGGGCCGAAGAACACAGCCUGAUUCAGAGAUGGCAGCCCAAGCUGAACUACCCGUUUGUCACGAAGGAGCUGGUCAAGAAGGCCUCCAAAGAGCUGCGCAGCGGCAAGCACGACGCGGAAACAGUCACCCUGCUCUACAGACUCGCCAACCACAUGGACCAUGCCAACGCGCACCUCAUGAUCUACUGCCCGAACAUCUACAACCAAGAGAUCAAGCAGAACAUGCAGAAGAACACCCCCAAGGUGGUCGCCAAGCACUAUGCCAAGCUCCUUGCCUACGAAAAGACUAUUAUCGCGUAUAGCAAUACGUGCAUCGGCAAGUUGCUGAAGAUCGCGGCUUUAGCGCUACAACAGAUGUUGAGGAUAACCUGGCCCAACCAUUUCGGCGACGUCAGCUCGCCACAACUUUGGGAGGAAAUACACCAACUCUUCCACAACAACGAGCACCUGUACCCGGAGCGACACUUGAAAUUUCUCAACCACGAUUUGGUCGGCUUCUUUAAUUCGAUACCACAAUCCGAUAUCCUACAAAGCAUCCACUUCCUCACCUCCCAGUUCCUUGACGAGCACAAGUGCACCAUCACCGUCGAUCCUCACAGCAAGAUCGCACCCGCACACUCCGGCAGAUCAACGCACAGCCUGAAGUCCAAUAUGGUCAAGGUGCAGGCAGAACACAUACCCGCCAUCAUUCAGUUCAGCUUCGAUGCUUGCGCUUUCACAGCCAUUGGGGAGGUCUUUCAGCAGACUUGUGGCACCUCCAUGGGAAACCAAAGCAGUCCCAUCCUUUCGACGUGCGCAAUAGUAGCCACGGAAAUCACAUGGCUAAGAAUGUAUGGCCAGUUUGUCAGCAACGCCCACCUCCACGACAAGUUCUGGAUUCGCAGGUACGUCGACAACAGAGCCAUCAUAGUAGAUGAAGAUGAGCUCCAGCACAACCCCUACAUCCAGCAGCUUGCAUCCCUACACUUCUACAAGAAGCCAGUACAACUAGAAGAUGAAGCGUGUGAUGAUUUCCUGGGAUUCCGCAUUCACGCGGACAAUCGCCAAAUUACCUACAAUCUCCACCGAGAAGCCUGGAGAUAUCGACUCCCCCAGUCAGCCGGCUCCACAAAGCUACGCCUCAGCGGGUACCACAGCAGAAAGCAUCUCAUCCGCACCAUUGCCUACCCUGAAGAUGUAGCCAAGAGACAGCUACAGGAGCUGGACGACCUCUACGGAUACCUAGUUAAUAUGACUAAAAAGCAACGCAUCAAUGGCGCUGCAAAUGCCACAGAGCUCACCGACAUCGACACCGACUCCGAGACCGCGGAAUACGCAGUCAGACUACCACAUGGACUACCGCUGGAAAUGAGUGCCCCCGCAGUCUUCGCAGCAAAAAAUGAUCCAGUAGAGCAAGAAUGUGAACUGCUCCUCCGACAAAGAUAUAUUCCAUUUGAGCUCUUCCCAUGGCUCUCCACACAGCUCAACUCCGAAUUCCUUCGAGCUUCGGCACUCACCAAAGCAGGCAGAAGAGCAACGGCAUACACAGUCGGCACCUACUACCACGCGGGCAGCAUUGGAGUGCGCACCAACACGAGACAAAGACCUUGGACGGCAGCGACACUAGCAUACCUGGUACGAGCAUGCACCCAUACUCCAUUCUCGACUGUAUCCCUACUUCGCAAUGUACAUAUGCGCACCCAUCGAGACAAGUACAACAAACCAGGAAGCCUCAACAUCGUGAUUCCGGUCUCCACCUUCAGACAAGGACACCUAUGGAUUGAAGAAGACGAUGGACCGGAUCUAUCUCCAAAUGGACAACAUCGUGGCCGGAACCUUGAGAUCAAACUGCCCGGAAUCGAGUUCAGCCCAUUCAAGCUCCACGGCACAUGCCCAUGGAAAUCCGACCGCCUGAUCAUCUCGGCCUACACCACCAAUCGCAUCGAGGACAUUUGCAGAGAAGACAAAAGAUACCUUCGCAUGCUCGGCUUUAACCUCGCAUAA